CUAUGACAUUAGAAUAGAUGGUGAUACAUCAAAAGCUCCUACUGUAUCCUCUCUUUUGUAUGCACAAGAUCCAACAUUGCCAACUCCAUUACGUAAUGUACAUCAAUUAGAUCAUGCAACAUCUGGAUGUUAUUGUUUAGCAUUAUCAAAAAAAGCAGCUGGAAUUGCUAGUAUAGCGUUCUCAAAUCGUAAAGUUGAGAAAACAUAUUCUGCAAUUGUAAGAGGAUGGAUGGACCAAAAUAAUUAUAUAAUAGAACAACCAAUCGCCCAAGUUCCAAAUAAUCGGUAUCGAAUGUGUAUCGGGACGCCUGAAAAUCCUGGAAAAUCUGGAAAAACAAAACUUGAAGUUAUUCGCCGUGGAUACUUUUAUCCCACCUCAUCUUCUUCUCUUUCUUCAGAAUCACCAAUUAAAGUAACAUUAAUAAACCUCUACCCAAUAACAGGUCGAAGACACCAACUCCGAUUACAUUGUCAAUAUUUAGGUCACCCAAUUGUUGGUGAUUGGCAUUAUGAAUCACAAAUUAUGGAAUAUACUGACACAUUUCGUAUGAUGUUGCAUGCUUGUAAAUUACGCAUUCCUCUAAAUAUUAUUAAAGGAGUAAAAAUGGGAAAUGUGAAAAAUUCAAAUAGGAAUGUUAAGAAUGAUGAUUUGGAAGAUUUACAUGAACUAGAUGUUGCAUCUGAAGACCCAUUUUCAGAAUUGGUUUACGAGUGUAUGAAGGAUGAAAUAUGA